AUGAGUGUCUCUCAGGUACUAUCUACCGUCCUAGGCCCCUAUUGCGGCGUUCUUGGUGGUGCCAUCAUGAUGUUCCUAGUGUGCGGCUCGGUUGUGGCCCAUGGUGACACCUUUAGUGAGCUCCAGGAAGCUCUACUCAACUACGGUGUCGCAUCCUCCAUCAUAUUCUCCGCCAAACACUUUCAGCCUCUGGUUGCCACCCACUUUUUGCUCUCUCUAGCGGAGCAAGUGAUAAUCAAGGACCUUGACAUCUGCACUGCGUUCCCUGGUCUUCUCUCCCUCUCCAGUCACCUUGGACAACACACGGACAUCAUUUUGAUGACAAGGGAUAACGCUGGCGGUAUGCACAAGCUCAUUGUCACCAGUUGGUCAGAGAGGGUCGCUGUCAAGGUGUCUUAUGAGCCUCUUGACCCUGAUACUCCAGCCGAGGCUCCUGUAUCCAGGUACCUAUAUUCCUGCACCUAUCCUGAGUGUGGUAAGGCUCAGCACAAGCCUUGCUACAAGUUCCACAUCGACAAACCACCUGGUUUUGUUGUCAAUGCUGCUAAGACAAAGACUACUGGAUGGUUCCAGUCUCCUUCCACAAUUUUUCCGGUUGAGUUGAGCACACAGGGCAAGCGUCAGAGGAGUAUGGAUGGGGAAGGGUAUCUUUUGAGGGCAUACUUGCUCUCCAUCAGACCAAAUUUUUGGCUGCAUCUCAGGAUGCACAUCGAGGUAUUGAUGAAUUGGUUGAGUUACCAAAGGCAUGGAAAAAGUAAUACGAAGGCUAUCAGGCGAUACUACCUCCAAUUUUUGACUGACGAGGAUGACUUAUGGCUGGAAGAAAAGCUUUUGGGAGAUGAGCCGGAGGAUGAGAUAUCUACCUUGUCCCCCAAGGAAAGGGAGGCAGCAGCCUGUCCUAAGGAUGCAGCCUUCUACAAGAAGGCAGAACAAGUGAAGUUAGGGGUGAAGAAUGAAAUCAAGUAUAGAACUGGUCAUGCUAGAGAUUGGUUCAAAAACAUGACCCCUGCACAACGGAAGGAGGUUGAGAAUGCAAGGGAAAAGUGGAAUAGGGACAGUGCUCCUCUGGAAUCCCAGACAAUUCAUGAGUCGAAGCCGAAUUUCACUGUAUUUAAGGAAAAUUGGGACCCAGACAAAAAUGAUGACCAGUCAACUGAUGAUGAGGAGGAUGAUGGCAAGGUCAGCCCACCUGAAGUCAUUUUGGACAAAAAAAAGUACCCGAAGCUUCCCUCCCGAGCUGGAGUUAGCACCAGAGGGCAACAAGAAUUGGUGCAUCAGAUAUUCCGUGCAUCAUACAAGGUCUUUACCGACACUAACAAACCAGUGCCUUGGCGCGAGGUGGUGGCAAAGCCCUCUCUCUACCUGGACCUCAAUUUGAUCCCAGAAGGCUUCAUCUUGAGAGACCCAUCUCAUAUGAGGGCUGAAAAUAUCAAUGAGCUCUGGGCUCACUGGCAGGCUAGGAAGGAGGAAAAUAAGAAGCUGGUGAUAUUCAUUGUGGGUAAAAUAGGUGAUAUGAGCAAGGAGCUCCUUAGGGAUGCGGUUCUCCACCAGGAGAAAACAAAGAAGAUGUAUGUCGAAAUUGAGCCAGUCAGUUCCUCUGAAAGCGAGUCGGGUGGAACACCAUCUACAUCACGUAGGGCAAACCUAGUCAAGGGUGCAAAUGAGUCAGCCGCAGCAGCUUCUACGGGUCAUAUGACAGCAAUGGCCAGCCGACCUUCAGGUGCUCAGGAGAGUGCUCCUGCAACGGUGCCUAUGAAGGAUCAAAUCCCAUUCUUGAAGUCUCUGAGCAGUAACAAUGAAUACCUUCUUUUAGUUGAGGGCAUCAGAGACUUGGGCAAGGAACCAAAUUUUAACCAGCAAAAAGAAUGGCCUGCCUGGGCAACUUGGUCCUGGGAAGAGUCUUACCUUCUGAAUGAUGUGCACUGUGUGGGUGGUGAGGUGCAGAAGUUUUUAGAGACAGCUGCAUCUAUCAAGAUCUCUGGCUUGCCAUCCGCAAUGGAGUGUAAGCGAGCCAUUGAAUAUGAGGCUGAUGAGGUCACCUUCCAGACUCCCAGUUACAUUAGCGCCUCGAUCUUGGAUAUCAAGGUGCUUGACCUGGUUGUAGAGUUGGUUAACAAGGUCAGAGGCAGACUUAUGCAUCUACUGAAGUCAAAGGAUGUUCAGCAGGAAAGUUCUAUACUCGAUAACACUGCUGGUGGAGGCAGACUUGGAGCUGAAGAUGAUGCUCAUGAUCACGAAGAUAGUGUGAAGGGAGUUGUCGAGGCAGAGAUGAGGCAGAAGCUAGCAGAUAAGUUGCAGAUGCUUCAGGAGAAUACUGCCAGGAAUGAGAAGUUGAAGGAGGAGAAUCGGAUGCUUGAGGCCGCCAUGAAGGAGCUGCAGGACACCAGUAGGCUCCUAGAAAACCAGGAGGAGGAGGACAAGAGGCGGUUAGCUGAAGAACAGAGAGUUGAGGAGGUGAAGCAAGAUGAGGAGGGCAAGGAGGGCGAGGAUGUGGAGGUGGAGGUGGAGGUGAAAGGGAAAAAAAGAGCCAAGUCCAGUGGUUCUCGAAAGCCAUCCAAGAAGGUCAAGGUUGAUAUCUGUCGAUCCUCCAGAUCUAGGCAGCCCACUAAGAAAGCCAUGAAACUUUAG